UCUUCAUCCUGAAGUAUAUAUAUACAUAUCCAUGCUUGUAAGCUAAGUUCCACAAGAAAAGGGUCUUGUGUCUUGUGGAAGAGGGAAAGAAGAAGAAGAAGAACCCACAGAGAAGCAGCAAGAGUGACGCUUUUGAGAUAACAAAAAAAAAAAAAUGGUGAGAGCUCCUUGCUGUGAGAAAAUGGGACUGAAGAAGGGGCCAUGGACAGCUGAAGAAGAUCAGAUUUUGAUCUCUUAUAUCAAUGAACAUGGCCAUAGCAACUGGCGUGCCCUUCCCAAGCUUGCUGGCCUUCUGCGAUGCGGGAAGAGUUGCAGACUCCGUUGGAUAAACUACCUGAGGCCUGAUAUCAAGAGAGGAAACUUCACCCAAGAGGAACAGGAAAUGGUUCUUCAGCUCCAUGAAAAGCUUGGCAAUAGGUGGUCAGCCAUUGCCGCGAAUCUGCCUGGUCGAACGGAUAACGAAAUUAAAAACUUCUGGCACACCCAUUUGAAGAAACGGCUCGUAAAUAAACAGAGCCAUGUUUCUGAAAGAAAGAAGUCUGAUUCCGCCGUUAUUACAGGCAAACCCAAACCCCAGAAGCUGGAUUGCUCUACCUAUACCUACCAUGAAUUACCAUCUUCUUCCCUCGAUCUUUCAUCGCUGACAGAUUCCCCAACCGCCGCAUGGGACGGCUACAAUGAAAUCGGGAACAAACAGUACAUCGAAGUCUCUGAGGCAUUUCAUCAAACAGGUGGUGGGCUUUGGCCAGAGGAGCCAUUCGACGGGCCAAUAUUCAAUUCGUCGGCGGCUAAUGAUGAAAAACAACUCCAAUCACCGUUCAGAGACGUGGAUUCAAUGGAAUUUGGGUGCUAUUACAACAAUGACACUAAAAUGGACGAUAGUAUGGAGUUUUGGUACAGGGUGUUCGUUAAAGCCGGUGGGUCGCCAAAUGACCCUGCAUUCUAAUUUUACAACAGCGACAUGGUCUACAAAUAUUUGUCUUCCCUUACCGUUGAAAUCGGUGAGGCAGGGAACGGAUACGGAAGGAUGUUGGUGUAAUUUGCAAAUUAGACAGGGAUUGAAGGGUAUAAUAGCAAAUGAAAAAAGGAAAAAAAUAGAGAGGAAUCCUAUUGUCUACGGUCAAUGGCCAAUGAUAUUUAAAUGGGAAAGAAACGGAUAUCAAUUGGAUAAUUUGGGUGUUAAU